AUGAAGAAGACACGAUUUGAAGUUGAUAAGCAAAAGUCUGAAGUUAAAUUAGGAGCUAACCCACCAAAAAUUGGCGGAUGGGUCACUAUGACUACUGCUAACUUAGAAACAGCAAGACCAGAUUCGCUGCUGUUCCUCUGGGAGUAUUUCAAACUUCUACCACUUGAGACCUUUUGUCCAUUCAUCCUCGUAGAAGACGAGCUCCAGAGGGAUCCCCGGCUAUUUCUCGAAUCGAGAUUUCUCGAUUUUCCUCCAUGCUGGAGGAGUAGUGCACUUCAGUAUACCCAGCUUUACUCCCUUCUAAAUGGUUCCCGUAGCCGAUACGCUGUGUACUGGUAUCUUCUUCCUGUUAUACCGGAGAUCUCCUGGAUCCGUAGGAAGGACUAUAAUCUGCUCACGGUUGGAGCUGCAACAUACGCAGGUGAUGAAAGAUUCCAGACCGUGCACACUUACAACUCAAACGUGAGUACAUUAUAUUGUUGA